AUGAAUUUUAAUGUUUUAAAAUUGUUGUUUUAUACGUUAGUAGUGAAUGUUAUUAAUCCAGAUAUUCCAAAUAAUAUUACAGCAAUUUUAAAAUGGCCUUCUUAUAGAGAUAAUUUAAAUAAAAAAGUAAAUGAUUUUCAAAGGAAAUAUAAUCUCGAGAAAGGUGCAGAACAGAUAACUCAGGAUCAAGACGAUGGGUUCGGAGAAGUACCUAAUUUAUUUAUCACUUUUCAAAUAGACUUACUUUUAAUAUUACAGCAGAUGGCUUACGUGCUCAAUGAAAGAAACCGAACUGGAUUCACGUACAAUGAAUAUUUUGUAACUGUUUGUUCAUUGCUCCCGAGAUGUCUAGACUAUAUCAAUAUGAAUGUCUUUCAGAAUUCAAUAACCGUAAUGUUAAACAAAAUGCAUAUAGUUCUUUGUCAAACAUUGCCUACGUAUUAUUUAAAAAUUAUCAAUUCGUCACGUAAGAAUACAGAGAAAGAAGUGAUUUAUAAGGAAAUUGAGAGAAAUUUGAUAUUAUAUAUAUCAAUGUUAGCGAACAAAACAAAAAUUUAUAACAAAUUGUUUGAGCUUCAAAAUUACCAGAAAGACAGUAAGAAAUUUCUUUUCAAAGUUUACAGUAUCAUUGGUAAAAUCGAUAUGGUAUCAUCAAUAAAUAAUAAUCUCAGUUUAAAAAACUUAAUGAAUUAUGUUGCGGCACAGAAGACGUUUAACAAAAACAAAUUACAAAAGAUUGAUGCCAGAGACAAUAGGAAUAAACAAUUAUUAGAAAACAGAAAAGUUUUUUUAGAUGUGAACAUAAAUUAUACGGAUAGACUCGAGAAAAAAUGCGGUUUGUCAAAAAAUGAAAUUCGAACAAAUGAUUUAUCUAAGUUCGAUGCAAUGUACGAAUUAUUUGUAUAUACAUUAAAUAAUCUCCAACAAUUUUUUACAAAUACCAUAUUAAGCACUCAAAAGAAAAAUUCACAAAUAACUGAAAAUGUCCUGGUAGAGACAGACACAACAACCGAAAUAAUACUCGAAUUAUGUCAGAGUAUUUCUUACGUUCUUGUAUUUUUUAAAGAAAAUAAGUUUAAAGACGACCCGAAAAUGUUCAACGUUUAUUUUACAUUCUGCUUCGACUUUACGGAAUACGCCAAUACGCGUUGCAUCAGUGCAUUUCACAAUACACCAGCUGCUGAGCAAUUCAAGAAACAGAGGAUAAAUUGUUUAUGGGAGUCGUUGAAAAACCUUUGGAUGUAUAAUAUAUUCGUAACAACCACUCAGGUCCCGAAAAUAGAAAACGACAAGUAUUUAAGAGAUAAAGAAUGUAUAUACUAUUACAAGAACUAUCUAAUGACCCUCCACGAUAGCAUCAAACAAUAUGACAAAGAAAUUGGCGUAUGGACCACUUUUCAGUGGUUGAGCGGUAAAUAUUUUCUUACAGAAAAUUUCGAAAAAGUAGAUAUGAAUGAGUUAAAAUUGAAAAAUAUAAAUAUUAAAAACGUUACUAUGAGUUUAUCAGUUGCGUAUCAUGCUAUAUUACCGUGGCAUUUGUACACGUUUCCUGUUGGCCUUCUCCAUAAUAUGAUAUUACACUAUCUAAACAGAACAAUGAAUACGUACGUAUAUCGAUACGCUCUAAUUAUUGAUUUGUAUUUGAAGCGCACAUGGAGCAGAGUCAAUUCUCACGUUUUACAAAGCAUACGAGAUAGUGUUCUGUGGUAUACGGGCGGGACAGAAAUAUUUUACAAAUAUCUUAAUUUACCAUUGUACACUGAUAGAGACCCACAGAAUGAGUCUUUACCACCUGUUGANCUACGAUAG